GGAAGUGCUGUGUGUGUUUUAAAGGUGCGCUGCGCGCUGCUGCUCGUUGUAGCGCUGAAACAUGGCCGCCGCCCCCGGAGCGGACAGCUCGGGUCCGCGUCCCAGCAGCGCCCCCGAGGAGCCGUCGGGCCAGCCCAGGGAGAUCAUCCGGCCCUCCAUCACGGAGCUCACCAAGGAGGUGCGGACCAACAUCCUCUGCACGGUGGAGGGAUGCGGCAAGAUCCUGCCCAACAGCCCGGCGCUCAACAUGCACCUGGUGAAGUCCCACAGAGUGAAGGAGGGUCUUGUGAACCCUACUGUGAGGAAGGAUAUAAAAGGUUCACAGAAGCUCUACUGUUGUCCAAUAGAGGGCUGUCCAAGAGGACCAAACAGACCCUUCUCCCAGUUUGCCCUGGUUAAGCAGCAUUUUAUGAAGAUGCAUGCAGAGAAAAAGCACAAAUGUGUGAAGUGCAGCAAUGGGUACAGCACAGAAUGGGACCUCAGGAGGCAUGCAGAAGACUGUGGAAGGACCUACAGCUGUACCUGUGGUUGUCCGUAUGCAAGCAGGGCUGCACUCUUGUCACAUAUCUACAGGACAGGCCAUGAGGUUCCCAAAGAACACCGAUAUCCACCAGUGAAGAAAAGAAAAAUGGAGAGACUGUCAAGCAGCACAACGAAAGUGAGGCCCAACGAACAAACUUACGAAAUGGCUGAAGGAGCAGUCCCUACAGAAGGAGCUUCUCAAACUCCUGAUUCACCACGACACAUCCCCAUUCACUCAAAAAAUGUUCAAAAGCUUCUCCUGCCCAAGCCUAAAGUGGCUUUGGUCAACGUCCCUGUGAUGCAGCUCGCACACCUGCCUGUUCUGCUCCCCUCAGCCGAGAGCAGUGCCUUGAGGUCUGUGCUCUUGGCAUUAGAUGUGCAGGGCUCCGUAAGCACUGUUCACCUGUUGCCUCAGUCACUUGGGGCAAUGGUUCCUGCUUUGAACACUAAGACUGUAAGUUUCAGAGACACCAUGCCUGCUUCAAGGUCCAGCCUGGAUGCCAUCAGCACAGGGAUUCAAGUCAACCUAGAGAGUCUGGUCUCAGUAGGCGAGUCAGGUAACGACUUGGGAUCUAGAAGUAAAAGCACCUCGACAAACAUUCAGACUGAUACCUCGUACCUCAGCAAGGGAUCUGUUGGAGGAGUCAGCAUCCCCCCCAUAAGUGAGGCCUCAGUUUCUUCUUGCUCUCAAACUGACAUUAGCGUCAGUGCUCAGAUCCAGCUACCCAUCAGCGUCCAAACCCAGACGUUCCCCUUAAAAGCCAGGGUCACGUCGUCCAUAGGGGCGCAAACAGACACUUUCAGUCAACUGCCUUUUUCUUCUUUUAACAUAACAAGAGAAACUCAAACAAGCUGCUGCACGGCAGCGCCAAUGACUAGAACACAGAUGGACCAAGCUAUAAUGUGCACAGACCUUUUUGACACUGAUAUGCUGUGUAGUGUCUCUACACAGACCGCAGUACCUGAUGGACCUUUCGGUACAAAUGGACUUGAUGACGAAGAUCCCAUGGGUACAGAAGCAGAGCUCUUCGAGGACAGAUCGGCUCAGUCCUUGUGCUUUGGAUCCCAGAGGGACAUCUUGCACCAGAACACGGUAGCCGACAACCAGACGCAGACCAUGAAUCUCUUCAGUGACCUUGAGAACAUUCUUUCUGACAGCAUGGCAGCUGGAACGCCGGGGUGCGGAUCAAGCCUGGUUCCAGUGCAAGAGCAGCAUACUGGAAUUGACUUUGACUUUGAGGACUUCCUCAAUGCAACCCAUAUCCAGACUCAGACUGACGAGAGUGCGUUGGGCGGCCUUAACUCAGAGACCCCUUUGGAGCUUCUCGACAUUGAGACGCAAACUGAUUUCUUGCUUCUUGGUGACAGCCACCAAAGUGAUGUCAGCACAAGGGAUCAAUCGUCAAAUGAUCUGGAGCUGGAAAUGUUUGAUACCCAAACCCAGACAGAUCUAAACUUCCUUCUUGACCAUGGUGGCCAUAUGCCCCUGGGCAGCAUCCUCAGACACUCCAGCUUCAAUAUGAGCACAGAGUCCUCGGACACAGAGACCCAGACUGAUACCAGGCCACUGGCUCCUCAUCCUCCUCCUGCUUCUCCUGCUUUGCCCAUGUCUUGUUCCCAUGAAGGUCAGGUCAGGCUAAGUAGUACAGAAACUCAGACGGUCUCAAGCACUUCUAGUCUGGGCCAACUCUUUCUAACUAGCAACGAGACUCAGACGGUCAUGGAUGAUUUCCUGUCUGCAGACUUGGCUUGGAACAUGGAGUCCCAUUUCAGCUCUGUUGAAACCCAAACCAGUGAAGACCUCUUCUCUCUGUUUCAACACUCCGAGAAACCCAACAGCUGAGCUCCCUUGGCCGUUUCGGCUCCCCUGCGGCCGGUGCGGUUUGGGCUACGUUCUGAAAGGAGCUGUGUCUGGUGACUGUUUCACCCAGACAGGCUGAGGGCCAGCAGAUAGAGUUCUCCGAAACACUCAUCACCGUUAAGACAAGACCCGCUCUGUCUGGCAGGACCUGUGACAAUGUGGCGCUUUUAAGAGCUUGCUUGGUAGUAGUCCUUCAGCAUCUCAAGUCAUUCCAUGAUGAGUAAUGUCUGUCAAAAAACUUGCUAUAAGUCGCUAUUCCAAGUACGUAGACGUUUAGCUGCACUUUAUCGUUCGACUGUCGUUAGUUCAGACCACUCUUCAGCGUGAUACCUUAUUACGUUUUAUUUGCACAUUGUUGUCGUACUCUAAUUGAUCAGAGAGCUUUGUUUACUCAUUAGUCCAUUAGUUCAUUGACCUCUCAGUAGGAGAGAAUGUACUGUAUAAGUAUAGGUGGUAUGAUGACGGUGCUACUAGUAGUAGUAAUAUUUCGGUGUGGCGCAAAUCUAACAGUUAGAAAAUGUACAUUCGUUCAGUACCACAGCAUAUCUUGUGAAAUCAAUAGGCUCAUCAAUAGGCUGUUCUGGAUUGAUAUGGCUUCCGUGGUUUGUGAGGGCCUUUUUUUGUUUGUUUUUUUUCUUAUUUUUUUUGCCUUGGUUGUUAGUCUUCUGUCUGUGCAAAAUUUAUGUUACGUGUCCAAUAGUCUAGACUCUAAACUCAAGAAAACUGUCACUGUGAGUAAACUGUGCUCUUGGUUCACUACAGGUCAUGCAGAUAAUUUGUAUUGACUGUUACAGUAUAUUACAGAUUUAUUAUUAUUAUUAUUAUUAUUAUUAUUAUUAUUAUUAUUAUUAUUAGCAUUAAUUAAUCACACUCUUUUAAACAUCUGUGAAUUAGGUUCUCCUGAAGGAUGCCUAUUUAUGCAUGUUACAAAUGUUAAACAUAUGUUUCCUUUAACAGUUGAACUCAGUUAAUGGUCUUAUGCUAUGAUUUGCAUUCUGUACUGUGAGUAAUUUAAUUAACAUGCAAAUCACAAUUGUUUACAGUAAACUGAAACCUUUAAUAUUUAUCGGGCGCAUGUAUUGUUUCCACUGAAUGUGUAUUUAGUCUUCUUUUUUAAAGCAUUGUUUAUUUUGAAUUGAUUUAUUCAUGUUUGGCUUUUUGUUGGUGCCUUAAUUUAAGUGUUAAGUAAAAAGUGACCAUGUGUACAUUUUGAUGAUGUAAAAGUAUGGUGCACCGCUGCUUUAAUAUUAGGACACAUGUCUUCUGUUUAUUUUUAAUUUUAUUUGUAUUUUUUUUUUUUAUCGUUUUUGGUUCCAUUUUCUUUUUUUUUACAAUAUUAAUUGUAUAAUCUUCUGUGUUCAUUAUUUAUUUAAGUUGUUUAUUCACUAUAUUGCACGGAAACCUGUUGCCCGCCUUAGACUCAUAUUAUUUUUCAGUAUGUGUAAGUACUUGUUCUUGUACUAGUAUGCUUUGCCAUGUUUUGGCCAGUAUGUCCUGGCCAUAUAUCUCUAGAUUUGACUUUCUCUAGCUGCAGAAUGUAAAUGACACUGUGCCCAUUUAUGCGAGCUCUCCUCAGCAUUGUAACCAAAAGGUUUUACGUAUAGUUUUUUUUUUUUUUUUUCUCCUUCACGCUCAACCAGUGCAGGCAUUUACAUUCAACCAGUGUAUCUGUUAACAUAAAUAGAGCUGCCAAUAGAGCAUCCAAACUGAUCUGCUAUUAUACUAUUUCUAGAACUUGGCUAAGAUGCUAGCAGGAAAAACAAAUACGUAUUGCUAUAGAUUACUUGAAUUUUGUCAACUUACACUCUGGUUCCUAGUAGAGAGUGAGUGCAUGCAGUCUUGUUUGUGCCAAGAACGUGUCCCUUAAGUUGAUUUCAGUUACUUCAGGCGAUUAUCGGAGAUAUGUCUUAAGUUAUGUGCAUUUUUUUAAGGGUUUGGUAGGGGCUACCAGCUUAACCCCGUCAGUGUUCUUCUGUUGUUUAGGCUAUGCUGCAGCAGAUGCUCAAAAUAAAGUGCUAUUGAGAAGAUUG